ACUCUAUCACUGUGCAUCGAGCCGGCGUCGGACUGCGGAAAUGACGUCCCUGCACCUCCGGCCUUGGACGCGGAGGCCUCCGGCUGGGCGGCAGGGCGUCAAUGAUGGACGAUUUGGAAAUGGGAAGCACUCUCCCGGACCUGCCGGAGUUGCCCUGUCCUCUGGGAUCUGGACACCUUCGACCUUCGGACGUGGAAGUGGGAAACUGUGACCGCGUUGAGGAGGGAGGGUUCAGAUGCUCCGAGUGCAGCCGUGGAUUCAGCCGGGCCUCCGGGCUGUCGAGGCAUCGGUGCUGCAGUAGCGGUGAGAAGCCCUGGAAGUGCGAGGACUGCGGGAAGUGCUUCAGUUACCCGUCACGGCUGGAGAUGCAUCGGCGCAGCCACACCGGCGAGAGACCGUUUGCCUGCUCGGUGUGCGGCAGGGGCUUUGCCUACUCGUCGCACCUCGCCCGGCACCAGAGGGUGCACACGGCCGACAGGCGGGUCAUCUGCUCCCUGUGUAAGGGGGCCUUCGCAGACCUCUCCAGCCUCCUCGCCCACCAGCGGAUCCAUACCGGGGAGAGCCCCUUCACCUGCUCCCGUUGCGGGACGGGCUUCACCUGCCCGUCCCACCUCCGCCGGCACCAGCGGGCUCACACUGGCGAGCGGCAGUUCACCUGCUCCCUGUGCGGGACGGCGUUUAGCCACCGCUCCAUCCUCCUCCGGCACCAGCGGGCACACGGCGGUGAGCGUCCGUUCACCUGCCCCGAGUGCGGCAAAGGCUUCACCCGCUCGUCCAACCUGCUGGUUCACCGGCGGGUCCACACCCGCGAGCACAUGUUCGUCUGCCCCGACUGCGGGAAGGGCUUUGCCUUAUUGUCCUACCUUCUGGCACACCGGCAGGAUCACGCCGGAGAGCAGCCCUUCGAAUGCCCAGAGUGCGGCCGGAGCUUCGGCUGCUCCUCCGGCCUCCUGGCACACCGGCGGCUCUACGGCGGCGACAUGCCGUUCAUCUGUGACGUCUGCGGCAAGACGUACGCCAGCACCUGCCACCUCCUCGCCCACCGGCGGCACCACAGUGGCGAGCAGCCCUUCUCAUGCUCUGAGUGUGACGAGGACUUCGGGACCUUGUCCAGUCUCUGGGUUCACCAGCGAGUCCACAAGUAAUUACUGCACCCGGGGCUAGUAACUGUGCGCCAUCUCGGGGUUUCUGUUUGUGUUAAUAAUCCUCUAACUCUGGGAUGGAGAUCAGUUUUCCAGCUGUAUGGCAAAUAAUUGUGCAACCAUGGACAAUGGUAUAAAGGUAAACAGCAAAGAAGCAAACUCUUCGUCCCAACUCGUUCAUGCCGACCAAGAUGCCCCACCUAAGCCAGUCCCAUAUGCCCACAUUUGGUUCAUAUCCUUCGAAAUACAGCAUAGAAACAGGCCCUUUGACCUAACUGGUCCAUGCCAACUGAGAUGCCACACUUAAGCUAGUCGCAUUGCCGCAUUUGGCCCAUAUCCUUUGAAAUACAACAUGGAAACAGGCCCUUCGGCCCAACUAGUCCAUGCCGACUGAGAUGCCCCACCUAGGCUAGUCCCAUUUGCCAGUGUUUAGCCCAUAUGCCUCU